AAGCAAUUUUCUCUAAAAUGCAUAGUUUUCGUAAAAUUUAGGGAUUCCAUACUUUUGUCGGACCCUGUAUACGUACCCGUGUCUCUGAAAGGGUUAAUUUAGAUUAAAUAUACAGGAUUUAUCAAAAGUAUGGAAAUCCCUAAAUUUUACGAAACUUAUGCUAUAUUUCAAGCUCUAUAACUCGAAAAGUACUUAAUAAGAAUAUACUUUACUAUAAUGUUUUGAAAAGCUCUGGAGAUAAGCUACAGGAAUAUGUAAUAAAAAAUAGGGGUUUUCAUUUAAGAAAUUGAAGGUAACCUUCAUGUGACCUUGAUAACACUCUUCAAGGUAAUACUGAUAUUGCUAUGUAAUGCGUUACUUGAAACUCUACAACUUUUGUCUGAAACAGUUUCUUUAAAAUGCAUAGUUUUUGUAAAAUUUAGGGGUACCCAUACUUUUGGUGAACCCUGUAUAAUAAUUCUGAGUUACUUAAUAAAGUAACUUAAUUCUCGAAAAUAAUAUCUUUUAAUAAUUCCACUCUAGCUUUAUUAUCUGCAAGAAGCUUUUAAUGCAAAAUUAAAAACCGUGAGAACAAAAAAGGAAUAUUUGCACACCAAAGUACUACGUUUAAGAAAAGAUCUCAAAAACAUUCAUGUCGAAAUACCACUGCAAAGUACGAAAUGUCUACCAACUAUUCCUACAUCAAAUAUCAAUAUAGAAUAUCCUGAGAAAAAGGUGAUGAUUCAAAAAUAUACAUUGAAGGUGGACAGAGCUAAAACUACACAACGAAGAAGACUAUCUAUUCCAGAACAAAUUGCCAUUUGUUCCGACAAAGAAUAUGAAGUGUUACUAUUGGAUGAAGAAUUCUUAAAACAUAUACAAAUUUCUAAUGAACAGCCAUUAAUCCUAUUCUCCAUUACAGAAAGAGAAUUAAACAUCCAAUCCAUCGCACAAGAUAAUAUCGUAUUAUUUCAUCUGAGCCACGUUGAUAGUCCAUGGAAUCGAGAAAUAAAAACUUCUCGUAUGCUUCGGAAAAUAUACGAGCAAGAUUGCAUAUUAAAAUACACAGAAAAUAGUUACGAGAAUAUAAACAAAACAUUAGACGAAUUAAAACACAAUAGAUUGGACAUCGUUGCCGAAAGCAUUUAUAUUAAUUUAUUUUUAUCGACAAUUCGUCAAGAAUAUAUUAUUUUGAGAGAGUAUGAAUUAAUUGAAAACGUAUUGCACGAAAAUGUGAAUCGUAAAUUAGAAGAGAUAGUAAUAAUAAAACAAAAGAUACAAAUAACCAGUGAUAAAGUUAAUGCUAAAACUGAAGAAAUUUCAAAACUACAUAAUCAGAUCAGAGAUAUAUGUUUCGAAUACAUGAAUAGUAUAAGCGAUAAUAAAUUCCGUAAUUUUCUAUGUAGAAUAUUUAAGAAAAAGUAUAAAGAAUUAAAAAGGGAAGAUGAUUCUAUUACAUCAACGGUCGAAACGAGUUCGGAUGCAUCAAAUAGCCCCAAUGAUGAAUCCGACACAUUUCACUUGGACGAGAACGUAUGUCCUCCAGGAUGCAGCAAACAAUUAUAUGAUUUAACAUUUUUAAUGAGAGAAAAACGAUAUGCGUACGAGCAUCGCAUUAAAGACGUGCAACAAACUGUGGAAAUUCUUUCGAAGGAAAUUGAAAUUCAAACGAAAAAGUUAAAAGUUGUAGAGAGUAUCUUGAACAAGAAUGAAAAUGACUUAAAGAUAUUCAUGGUAUUAUCAUUUUUUUAAUUAUUUAUUUAUAAUCAUUUUAAUUUAGUUCAUUUAAUUCAUAUACUUUAAUAG